AUGUGGAUGUCUCUGAUGGAGGCCAAAGUAAUAAAACCCUCUGCACCACGACCGUCACGGGAAGACGAUCCUCCUCACAGGUCGGAGUCGUGUUUCACAGCUGGGAAUCAAAGCCAGGACUUCCGAGUCCGGGCGUGCACGACACUGCUCAUCCAUGGGGGACUUUGCUCCUUCUCAGGCUCCUCAAACCUGGAUGUUGUCCUCCCAGCUCUCGCCACAGGGCCCUCCUCCUCUCCUGACAGCAGGAAGUGUGACUCCACCUCCACGGCUUCAUCCCGGUCUGCCUCGCUCACUCCGUCCAUCCUGACCCGGCUUACUGAGUGUGCUGAGGCUUUAAAAGGAUUUAAAAUGUUCAUCGUGGCUUUUCUGCUGCUGUGGGGUCCAGGACUAACGGAGAGCGCCGACACUCACUCCCUCACUUACAUCUACACGGCGUUCUCCAAACCUGUCGGCCUCCCGGGCAUCCACGAGUUCACAGCCAUGGGUUUGCUGGACGACAGGAUGAUCGACUACUUUGACAGCGAGAAUCAGGCAAAGGUUCCCAGACAGGAGUGGAUGAGAGAGCGUUUACCUGCUGAUUACUGGGAUAAAGGCACACAGUCCCGCAAGAGCAAGCAGCAGUGGUUCAAGGUCAACAUCGGCAUCCUGAUGGAGCGAAUGAGACAGAAUGACUCAGACAACCUCCAUGUUCUUCAGUGGAUGCACGGCUGUGAGGGUGCAACUCAGCCUGACAGCACGCUCAGGUUUGUCCGAGGCAUGGACAUGUACAGCUACGACGGAGGCGACUUCCUGUCCUUCGAUGAUAAAAAUGGAGUCUGGGUCGCUCCGACUCCCGAGGCAGAACCCACCAAGAGGAAGUGGGACGGCGUCCAGGUGCUGAAAGAGUACACCAAGGGAUACCUGGAGAACGAGUGCAUCGAUUGGCUGAGCAAGUUUGUGAAUUAUGGACAACAGCAGCUCAAAAAGAAAUCUCCACCUGAUCUGCAUGUGUUUGCAAAGAACUCCAGAGUGCAGACAAACAUCGUCCUCACCUGCCUCGCCACGGGCUUCUACCCCAAAGACGUCACAGUGACGAUCAGGAGGAACGGACGUGUUCUGACUGCAGACGAUGGUUUGAAUAGCUCAGGACUUCUCCCCAAUAACGACGACACGUUCCAGAGGAGAGAGUACGUGGAGGUUUUAAAGUCUGACACGUCUCCGUACAGCUGUGAGGUCAUUCACGAGGCGACCGGUGUGAGAUUGUUUAAGAGCUGGGAUCUCAGCAUGUUAUCUGUUCCUGAUGACGAUGGAUCUGCCGUCAUUGGUCUGGUGGCAGCACUCCUGCUCGUGCUCAUCGGUGUAGGCGUGAUUCUGCUGGUCCUACAUAGAAGGCGCAUUAAUGGCAGGAGCAGCGCACCGACACCAGAGUCACAGGAGCUGAAUGAUGUUCGUCAGGAGUAACA